AUGUGCAGCAGAUCCAAGCUUCGCGUCUCGCAUUUGCUGCAAUCCGGAGUGAUGGACCUGUCGUCACUUGGGGGUGAUUCCGACUAUGGUGGCCACAGCAGCGCCGUACAGGAUCAGCUGACAAAUGUGCAGCAGAUCCAAGCUUUUGAUGGUGCAUUUGCCGCAAUCCUGGACAAUGGUUCCGUGGUCACCUGGGGUUAUUCCGACUAUGGUGGCGACAGCAGUGUGGUACAAGAUCAAUUGCGAGAUGUGCAGCAGAUCCAAGCUUCUUGGGGUGCAUUUGCUGCAAUCCUGGGUGAUGGAUCUGUGGUCGGUUGGGGCAGAGCCAACUGUGGCGGCGACAGCAGUGUGGUAGAGCAUCAGCUGCGAGGUGUAUGCAGUAGAUCCCAAUAA